GGUUGAGAAAUACUGAUCUAAUACAUCUGAUUAUUAAACCCUUCAUGACUACAUUUAAUGACUACCUUAAAUACGUCAUUCUUGGGUGAACUCCUUGUACUCGUUUUAACAUUUAGAUUGCUGUUUCGUUUUUAGAUUGUCAACAAUAGUAUUUGGCUGACAUGUAAAUCCCCUAUACGGAGUUUUGACAUGUACUUUAGUUAAUAAUGUGCGCCCAACUCUGGGUUACUUAUUAUAUAAUUGGUUGGCCUCGUGAAUUCUGCAUUUCGCAGAACCACUUUUCACUUAUUCCAUUAUGUGAUUUGUAUUUACUUAUUAUUGUUUGGAAAAUAACCAUAAUCCUUUAGCCAUUGCAACUGUAUAACUGGUACCUAUUUACAAUGAUUAUACAGUAAAACCUGUGUAAUAUGGAACCUGAAUAACGUGGAUACCUGACUUUUAUGGAAAAAUUUUACGGUCCCGGCGAACCUAAUGCAGUUUUAAAAACAUCGUUCCCUGAAUAAGAUGGAACCUGUGGAAAUGGAAACAAUAUUUUGUCGUGUACCUGUAUAUCAUGGAAAUAUGUACAUGUACUAUUUUAAAAUUAUUAGUCAAUAAAUAUAAUCUUUAUCAAUUAUGUAUAUAGAUUAUUUCGUUGCAAUAAGUUUAUUUUAUCGAUAAGUGUCGUAGUAGUGUUCUGACGUAGACUGCGUAUAGAUGUACAUUCAAUAUGACGUCCAAAAAUAAAUAUUAAUUACUAAAUGAAAAAAUUAAACUAAUUGAGUCAAGUGAAAAAGAUAAAUUAACAGUAAAACAAAUUUGUGAACUUUUCAAAUGUGGAAAAAGUCAAGUGUAUAAUAUAUUAAAGCAAAAAAAUGAAAUAAAAGAACAAUGUAUAAAUGGAAAUGGGCAAAUGAAAAGAAAACCAAAAUCCAACGCUAAUGAAGAAAUUAAUAAUUUGACUUGGAAGUGGUUUGUAAGUGCUAGAGCAAAAAAUAUACCAAUUUCUGGACCAAUUAUACAGACUAAAGCACGCCAAAUUGCUGAACAAAUGUCAGUCACCGAAUUUAAAGCAUCAAAUAGCUGGUCGGAAAGUUUUAAAAAUCGACAUAAUAUUGUUUGGCAUAAAAUUUACGGUGAGUUAAAUAGUGUCGAUGUUAAAAAUGUUGAUGAAUGGAAUGUGAAAUUAAAACUAAUUAUUGAAGGAUAUGAACCUAAGAAUAUUUAUAGUGGUGAUGAAACGGGUUUAUUCUUUCGCGCAUUACCAAGUAAAACACUAUCAGGAAAAAGUGAAGAGUGUAAAGUUGUUAUAGGCAAAGCACAAAAACCUAGAUGUUUCAAAAAUUUAGAUUCGACAAAAUUUCCCAUAAUUUGGCGAGCUAAUAAUAAAGCAUAGAUGACUGGAAGCAUAAUGGAAGAUUGGUUGCAUACAUAACAAUAAAUUUAAAAAACAAAAUCGAAGAGUUAUUUUAUUUCUUGAUAAUGCAACAUGUCAUUCGCAUUUAAAUUUAUCAAAUGUUCGUUUCUUAUCUUAUCCAACCUAUGGACCAAGGAAUUAUUUAUUCGAUUAAAGUAAACUAUCGUAAAAUGGUUUUACAAUCAUUAUUAGCAAGUAUGGAUAGCAUAAAAAAUGUUAAUGAAUUGUCAAAUAAAAUUAAUGUACUAGAUGCAAUUUAUUGGUUGAAUAAAUUUGUAAACUAAUAAAACCAGAUUUAGUCAAAAAAUGUUUCAUAAAAGCCGGGUUUAAUUUAGUUUUGGACCAGCCAACAGAUGCCAUUAAUGAUAACGAUAACGAUUUUAAAUUGCUAUGUUCUACAAUAAAUGAAAAAGUUGAUAGUGAUGAAAUGUUAACAUCGA